AUGUCGUCUGAGAUUGAGGUUGUUGUUGAAGAAGAAGAGAUCGAGAAAACAAAUAAUGGGAAAAAUGAAGUAGUAUCAUCAACGGAGACUAAUAAUAAUAAUAACAAGAAUGAUAAUGAUGAGAGUUUAAGGAAUGAUGUGUAUACAGCAGCUGCAUAUGGUGAUAUGGAGAAGUUACAAAGAUUGGUUGAGUCUGAAGGUUGUUCAGUUUCUGAACCAGAUGGUUUAGGUUAUUAUGCUUUACAAUGGGCUUCGUUAAACAAUCGAACUGCUGCUGCUCAGUAUAUUAUCGAGCAUGGUGGAGAUGUGAAUGCAUCUGAUCAUACAGGGCAAUCGGCGUUACAUUGGAGUGCUGUAAGAGGUGCAGUUCAAGUUGCUGAGUUAUUACUUAAGGAAGGUGCUCGCGUUAAUGCCACGGAUUUAUAUGGUUAUCAGACGACUCAUGUUGCAGCACAAUACGGUCAGACAGCGUUUCUAUAUCAUAUUGUUACCAAAUGGAAUGCGGAUCCAGAUAUGCCUGAUAAUGAUGGAAGAAGUCCUCUGCACUGGGCAGCGUAUAAAGGUUUUGCUGAUUGUAUACGCCUUCUUUUAUUUCUGGAUGCAUACAGAGGACGGCAAGACAAAGAGGGUUGCACUCCUUUGCAUUGGGCUGCCAUUAGAGGGAACCUAGAGGCAUGCACGGUGCUUGUUCAGGCAGGAAAAAAGGAGGAUUUAAUGGUGACUGACAAAACUGGCUUUACACCAGCACAACUUGCCUCUGACAAGAACCAUCGACAAGUUGCUUUUUUUCUUGGAAAUGCAAGAAGAUUGUUCGAUAAACGAUGUGAUGGGAACACUCGCCUUGGUAAAAUAGCUAAAUUAGGGCUUGCACCUUUGUUGUGGUGUAUAAUUGCAGUGCUUCUUGUGACCUACGAACAUUCAGUUAUCCGGGCAUCAAAUCUGCCUCAGUUAUCAUUUACAUUUGGGCUUUUUGCAUGGUUGGGAGUUUUUCUAGCAACUGGUGGAUUGCUUUUGUUCUAUAGAUGUAGCAGGAAGGAUCCAGGUUUCAUCAGAAUGAAUGUACAUGAUCCGCAGGAUGUCAAAGAUGAUGAGCCUCUAUUGAAGAUUGAGGUUAACAAUCCUGCUUUGCUGGCUGGGAAUUGGUCUCAGCUUUGUGCGACAUGCAAGAUUGUCAGACCACUUCGUUCAAAACAUUGUUCUACAUGUGAUCGUUGUGUUGAACAGUUUGAUCAUCACUGUCCUUGGGUAUCGAAUUGUAUUGGCAAGAAAAACAAGUGGGAUUUCUUCUUGUUUCUCAUCCUAGAAGUUUCUGCAAUGAUGGUCACCGGCACAGUCGCUUGUAUAAGAAUUUGGAGCGACCCAAUGGCUCCAUCUACUUUUGGUGCAUGGAUGAAUCAUGCUGCUACUCGUCAUACUGGCGCUGUAUUAUUUCUGGUUGUAGAUUUUUUUCUCUUCUUCGGUGUUGCAGUUUUAACUGUGGUUCAAGCUUCACAGAUAUCUCGUAACAUCACAACAAAUGAAAUGGCGAACGCUAUGCGUUACAGCUACCUUAGAAGUUCUACUGGUCGCUUCAGAAAUCCAUAUGAUCACGGUAUCCGAAAGAAUUGCUCUGAUUUCAUAUUCAAGGGCUACAAUGAGGAUGUGGAGCUGAUUGAAGACCAAACUGAUUCCGAGGGAAUAGUAAUGACGCCAAUGACAAGAAAUUCGACUUCGCCAAAUGGUGAGGAUAACACGUCAAACAGUCACGUAUCUGUUGACAUCGAUUCUAAGAAUUCAAGACAUCAAGGACACGUGCAUUCUUCUCAGUGCAACCACAGUAACCAUAGUAGUUCCGAUCACAAAAAAAAUCAUGCGCAAGCAUCUGACAACACUCCAUUAGGAUUAGGUCUUGGUCUUGGAAGAAACCAAUCACGUUCUGUUGUAGCGCCAUAG